AGAAGAUCUAAAUUCUGAAGUCUUCACCCUUCGAUUGGUCAUCCAAUUCGAUUCGGCUUAUAAAUUAUUGUUAAUAUAAAUACAGCCUCAUCAAACUAUAUUGGUCGUCGACUUCGAUUCGGCUUUAUAAAUUAUUUCAAAACCCUAGAUAGAUUGUUCUAGUCGGCGAAGGCAAGAGAGGCGCCAUGGCGGAACACUUGGCAUCUAUAUUCGGUACAGAGAAGGACAGAGUGAACUGCCCUUUCUACUUCAAGAUCGGGGCCUGCAGGCAUGGCGACCGCUGCUCAAGGCUUCACACGAAACCUACCAUCAGCCCCACCCUUCUGCUUUCCAACAUGUAUCAGCGUCCCGACAUGCUCGCCUCUGGCACAAUCGAUCCCCAGGCACAGAGCAACCUCGAUCCCCGCAAGAUCCAGGAUCACUACGAGGAUUUCUAUGAGGAUUUAUUUGAGGAGCUGAGCAAGUAUGGUGACAUUGAGAGCUUGAACAUCUGUGAUAAUUUGGCUGACCACAUGGUUGGGAAUGUUUAUGUCCAGUUUCGGGAGGAAGACCAUGCUGCAAACGCUCUUCAAAAUUUGAGUGGAAGGUUCUAUGCAGGGCGUCCAAUCAUUGUGGACUUCUCUCCAGUUACGGAUUUUCGUGAAGCUACGUGCAGACAAUACGAGGAGAACGUAUGCAAUCGUGGUGGCUACUGCAACUUCAUGCAUCUGAAGAAGAUUAGUAGGGAACUGAGGACACGGUUAUUUGGGAGAAACAGGCGAAGACACAGCAGGUCUCGUAGUAGAAGCAAUAGUCCACAUAGGCACCGUGGUUAUGGGGAUCGUGGCCGUGGUGGCCGGGGAUAUGGUCGAAGAGAUGAUGAGAGAGAGAAUAGGUACCAUGAGAGAGGUAGGAGGCCAAGAAGCCGAAGUCCUGGACAUAGGGGUAGACGAAGCAGAAGCCCUGGGGCAAGGAGGAAUAGAAGUCCAGUUAGGGAGAACAGUGAGGAAAGAAGGGCCAGGAUUGAGCAAUGGAACAGGGAAAGGGAGCAACCAGAAUCUGCUGAUAAAAUUGAUAAUAGUUACAAUGAUGAUGAUAAGAAUGGCGGCAAAUUUGCAAUGAAUGGGGGUUUUGUUGAUAAUCCUUCGCAGCAAUAGCGGUGUUGUGGUACAUCUGCUGGCAUGAUCAGAAUUCUCUGGUUUGUUCCUGUUUUCUUUUAUUGAAUUGAUACUGGAAUUUGUUUUUUCUUGAAUCUGAAUUAAAGAUAAUACCACAUUUUAAAUUUGAAGAAAAAAGCCCAUUUAGAAUGCAUAGCUUACUGGGGAUUUCCACUGUGCAGGUGGAGUACAGGUCCACUUUCAUGUGUUAUUGAUAGUAAAAUUCUGUUUUAUGCCUCUUAUUUCUCUUACCUCUCCUCAAUUAAGGGGGAAAGCAUUUAGGAUUUUUCCUCGUUGUCCUCCUUUAGAAAUUACAUCAUGGUAGUUGGUAGGUGAUAUCUAUCGUUUUCUGAAAAAUGUAUAAGGUGUUGAUAGUGUUCCACUUCUUGAAAAUGCUUACCUAAUCUGCAUACUUCUCCUGAUGUCACAAUGGAAUGACUAUUGAAGCCAAGGAAAGAGAAUUCCCAAAUUGGUACUCUGUGUUGUACUACAUUUGGCCCUUGAAUAUAUGAUUUUACGACCAUCAAAUUACAUUAUUUUACCAGUCUUUUCACAAAUGUUUAAUUCCGCAGAAAUUAUUUUUUUUCUCAGGAAAUUCCACUGGGUCAUUGGAAUUUUAGCGAAUUUCAUUUGGUAGAGAUGCUUGACUUUUUCAUUGAUAGUUUUUGGCUUUAGCUUUUGCUCCCUUUCUUGUAACAAUCCUCUUGGGGCUCUUUGCUUAGCGUAUGUGUAUAUUUUGUUUCUGCCCCUCGGUGGUGCUUUGAUAAAAAUUUUACCAUUUAAGAAAAAAACUGUUUCCAUGGUGAAUUUGAUACUAGCAUUCUUGUUUCUUAGCUUUUGCAUGAAAUAUUAAGGAAUUUUCAUUGAGAUAGAGCACCUUCUCAGUCUCCUGGUAGAGAUAGAAGAGGCUUUAUCAAUGCAUAUUUUCCUGUGUUCAAUAGUUAAAUGAUGAGGAGGGCAAUGAGGAUGAAGUCUUAUAGGGAACCCAUGAUUGUUGUUUUCUUUUUGUCAAUUUCCUUUGGUAGUUGUGAUCUUACGGACUUUACGAGUUUUGCAGGUUCAGGCUUUCUUGCUUUCAUGGAUCGGGCCUCAACCUUUUAUGUCUGCUCACCUUGAUAUUUGUAUACAGGUUGGAUGUCAUAUGCUGAGCAUGUUUGCAGGACUUUGAUGUAAUGUAGUAGAAAUGUUGAGGAAGUACCGAAGGGAAAAUUAGCCGAAGAAUACUCGACUUGGCGAAAUCUUUCCGACAACGGCGAUAAGUUCUGAAAAGCAGCAGCAAUUUAACUCUUGUUAUAGACUAUUAGAUUUGAAAGACUUUUUGCCCCUCCACACCCCCCCCCCCUUCUUUUUUUCAGGAACCCCACUCUUCAUGCUUUUCGAUUUGGAUGUGUUGAUUUUAUCUUUGCUACUGUGAGUUUGUAACUUAAAUAUGUAUGCAGCCUGCCAUUGCUGUCUGGAAAUCUGGAACUGAUUUUCAAUCUGUAAUCCAAUAAAUCACUAAACAUGAUGUGCUCAAUAGGUAA